CCCGGCCCCGCGCCCAGCCGCCGCCGCCGCCGCGCUCCGCUCCGCGCCGCAGCCCGCAGCGCCCGCGGGGCAGCGCAGCCGAGCCGGGCCCGCCGCGGGCCACAUGGGCCGGGGCCCGCCGGCCUGAGCCCAGCACACAAAGGCGGCCCGGGAGGCGCCGGGCAGCGCCGCCCAUGCACCUUCGCCGCAGCCCCCCGCGGCGGCCCGUCCCCGGGCCAUGAGGGCGGCGUAGCACGGACAGCGCCGCGCCGCCCUGCCGGAGGGCAGCCGCAAACCGGCGGAGCCGCAGCCGCUGCGGCGCGGGGGCCGGGCCCGGCAUGGCCGGCGGUGCUGGGGUCCGGCGCCGCGGCGUCUCCCGCCGGCCGGGCUGCGGCCUCCUGCUGCUGCUGCUGCUGCUGCUGCUCGUCGUGGGGGCGGCCGCGGGCAGCGAGGUCAACGCCGAGGCCUGGCUCCGGCUCUAUGGCUACCUGCCGCAGUCAAGCCGGCAGAUGUCCACCAUGCGCUCUGCUCAGAUCUUCUCCUCCGCCCUCUCUGAGAUGCAGAAGUUCUACGGGAUCACGGUCACUGGCGUCCUGGAUGAGGAGACCAAAAUGUGGAUGAAGCGUCCUCGUUGCGGGGUCCCAGACCAGUUUGGGGUCCAGAUGAAGUCCAAUAUGCGGCGGAAGCGGUACGCGCUCACGGGGCGACGCUGGAGCCAGAGCCAUCUCACGUUCAGCAUCCAGAACUACACGGAGAAGUUGGGCCGGUACCACUCGUACGAGGCCAUUCGCCAAGCCUUCAGGGUGUGGGAGCAGGCCACACCGCUGGCUUUCCAGGAGGUGCCUUACGAAGACAUCCGGCAGAAGCGGAAGAAAGAGGCUGACAUCAUGGUGCUUUUUGCCUCCGGCUUCCACGGAGACAGCUCCCCCUUCGACGGCGUGGGGGGGUUUCUGGCUCACGCCUACUUCCCCGGCCCGGGGAUGGGAGGGGACACGCACUUCGACUCGGACGAGCCCUGGACGCUGGAGAACACAGACGUGUCUGGGAACAACCUUUUCUUGGUGGCCGUGCACGAGCUGGGGCACUCGCUGGGCCUGGAGCACUCCAGCAACCCCAGCGCUAUCAUGGCCCCCUUCUACCAGUGGAUGGACACGGAGAACUUCCAGCUGCCUGAGGACGAUCUCAAGGGCAUCCAGCAGCUGUACGGUACUGCAGAUGGGCACCCUCAGCCCACCAAGCCCUUGCCCACCGUGACGCCCCGGAGACCCGGCAGACCAGACCAGAGACCCCCCAAGCCACCCCCACCAGGGAAACCAGAGAGGCCCCCCAAACCUGGCAACCCAGACCGGCCUGACCAGUACGGCCCCGACAUCUGCGACGGGAACUUCGACACAGUGGCGGUGCUGCGAGGGGAGAUGUUUGUGUUUAAGGGUCGAUGGUUCUGGAGGGUUCGGCACAACCGGGUGCUGGACAACUACCCCAUGCCCAUCGGGCACUUCUGGCGGGGCCUGCCCGGGGACAUCGAUGCUGCCUACGAGAGGCACGACGGGAGAUUUGUCUUCUUUAAAGGUGACCGGUACUGGCUUUUCCGAGAAGCCAACCUGGAGCCCGGGUACCCGCAACCCCUGACCAGCUACGGGCAGGGCAUCCCCUACAACAACAUCGACACUGCUAUCUGGUGGGAGCCCACGGGGCACACCUUCUUCUUCCGCGGGGACAGAUACUGGCGCUUUAACGAGGACACCCGCUCGGUGGACCCUGGGUACCCAAAGCCCAUCUCCGUGUGGGUGGGCAUCCCUCCCUCGCCCAAGGGCGCCUUCCUCAGCUCGGACGCCGCCUCGACCUACUUCUACAGAGGCACAAAAUACUGGAAGUUCGACAACGAGCGGCUAAAGACAGAGCCGGGCUAUCCCAAAUCCAUCCUGCGGGACUUCAUGGGCUGCCACACGGAGCUGGUCCCCGACCCCAACCCCAGGUGGCCCGACGUGGACCGGCCGCCCUUCAACCCCGACGGGGACGGAGGAGAGCGCCCCGGCGGCGGGGCCGAAGCCGAGGAGGCCGAGGAAGAGGAGGAGGACGAGGAGGAUUACGGCGAGGGCGGCCCCGAGCCGGGCGGCGACGUGGACGUGGUGGUGCAGAUCGACGAGUACACGCGCACCAUGAGCGUCGUCAUGGUGCUGGUGCUGCUGGUGCUGCUGCUCUGCAUCCUCGGCCUCAUCUACGUCAUCGUGCAGAUGCAGCGCAAGGGCGCGCCCCGCAUGCUCCUGUACUGCAAGCGCUCCUUGCAGGAGUGGGUCUGACCCGGGCCCCUUCCCCGGCCCCCUCCCGCCGCCAUGGUGCUAACGACGAAGCUCUGACCUCCCCCCGUGCCCCAGCCCCCACGGCCUAUUUAUACCGAGCGGCUCCUCCCGCGGCCGCCUCGGCCCCCCUCCGCCCCGCGCUUGCUUGACGUCUCUCAGGCUUCGGAAAGCGGAGGGGGGCCCGCAUGCCCCAAGCUGGGGUGAGGGGGGUCCUGAGCCCUCUGCACCCCGCCAGCAUUUGUGUAGCCAGGCUCCGGCCCCCCCGGGUCACGACCGUGGGAUGUUUGGGAAGCACGAGGAGCCAGGGCUGGAGGGCGUCUGCAUCCCGCGGCCUCGCUGGGCUCCUCCUCGCUGCUCCUCAUCGUCCAUCCCAUCACAUCUCCUGCGGCGUCCCCUGUCCCAUGGCGUCACGCGGGGGGGGCCCUGACAGCGUGCCCCCGACGGAGGCAGCGAGCUGGGGCGCAGUCGCCUGCUGGACUGUGGACUCGUUUCUGUGCCGGCGAAGAGGCAGAAGAGGCAGGGAGUGCGUUCAGCUCCGUGCUGGGGCCUCCUCCCAGCACCGCUCAUCCGCGCCACGAGCUGGCAGGUCUCAGCGGCGGGCACCCAGGGAGCUGCCUGCACCUGUAGCCGGGCUGCGUGUCCGCCUGGGAAGCGCGGCGGGAAAGGGAGGGCUGAGCUCGCUGCCAUUUGUUUCCUGUUUAACUGUUUGUAGCUGGGAGACGGGGGGGGCGGGAAGGGGGGGACGCGGCCAGGCCGCGGUGCCUAAAGAUAGCUCGGAAACCCGACCUGGGAAAGCAUGCGAGGGGCCGGCGCCCUCUCGCCGCGCUCCCCCCGGGGCUCGCGGGAGCCGCUUGCGAGCCGCCCGCUGGCUCCCGUUCAGCUCCUUCCUCCUCCUGCUUCCGAAACGAAGCCGAGUCUCCGGCCGCUGGGGGAAGCGGCCCUCGGCUGCGCUGGGGCCGGCGGCCUUCCCGCGAGGGACCCGGGCCCGGGCGCUCGCCUUGUAUCGCAUUAAACCGGUCGGGUGCGUGGA